AUGGUAAACGAUGAAGGCGGCGAGACAUCCCAGACAACAAAGCUCGGAGGCUAUGACUUCUAUCGAUCCACCCUCGGAUCUCCGCGCUACGUGGUAGCACCUAUGGUGGACCAAAGCGAACUGGCCUGGCGGAUGCUGUGCCGUCGAUAUGGAGCCCAUCUGUGCUACACACCGAUGUAUCAUGCCAACCUAUUCGCCACCGAUCCCAAGUACCGGAAGGAUGCUCUGCAAACCUGUCCCGCCGAUCGGCCUCUGAUUAUCCAGUUUUGCGGUAACGAUGCCCAACAAAUUUUGGACGCUGCCCUGGCGGCACAGGAGCACUGCGAUGCUGUGGACAUCAACUUGGGAUGCCCCCAGGCGAUUGCCAAAAGGGGGCACUACGGAUCCUUUCUGCAGGACGAGUGGGAGCUGCUAACGGAGAUUGUGAGCACCCUCCACAAGAAACUCUCCAUACCGGUGACCUGCAAAAUUCGAAUUUUCGAGGACCGCUCCAAGACCAUCCGAUAUGCCCAAAUGCUGGAGGCUGCCGGCUGUCAGCUCCUUACCGUCCACGGUAGGACGAGAGAGCAGAAGGGUCCUUUGACAGGUGUCGCUGAUUGGAGUUACAUUAAGGAGGUGAGGCAGCACAUCAAGAUUCCCAUGUUCGCCAACGGUAACAUACUGGGUCUGGAGGAUGUGCACCGAUGUCUGGAGGAGACGGGAGUCGAUGGUGUGAUGAGCGCCGAGGGAAAUCUACACAAUCCAGCCAUCUUCCAGGGCCUGGCCCCACCCGUCUGGCAAAUGGCCAAGGAGUACUUGGAGUUUGUGGAUCUCUAUCCCUGCCCCAGCUCCUACAUUAGGGGUCAUCUCUUCAAGCUCUUCCACCACAUAAUGAAUAUACGACAGAAUUCGGAGCUUAGGGAAACGUUAGCCACUGCCAACCAGUUAGUGCAAUUUAACAGCGUAGUUGAAAAGGUAAAGGCCAAGUACGAACCCUACCAAAAGGGUGAGUUGCCAUACGAGCCGGAGGAAAUGGAUGCCACUGUGGGUGCCGAGAAACUUCCCCUGGCUCCAUGGCUGUGCCAGCCCUAUAUACGCGCCUCACCCGAAUCCCAUCGUCAAAAGAUCGCCGAGAAGGAGCGCGAAGCCGAGGACCCCAAUCGAGCCAAGAGGCAGUUCUUCGACAAGGAUGGCAACGAGAUAUCUCGGAAGCGGAUGAAAAAGUUGCGAAGACGCCAAAGGCGACCCAACAAAACAGAUGUCCAGAUCCAGAUGCGGCAUGAAAGGCGUCUGGAAUACUGCACGGAGUGCGCUAAUCCCCAAGGGUCCAAGUGCGAGUUUCGUUUGUGCCGUGUCUGCUGCAGGGAAAGAUGCUAUAGCUCAGAUCGUGACUGUCCCGGCCAUGGAAUCCUCAUUAAAUCCCGGCGUGCCAAAGCCAAGCGGUUCGAGGAGAAUUCAAAGCAGGAAGAAAACCAGGACUCCGGCGUUGGUGCGGAAAAUCCGGAUAGUAAUCAGAUGACGAUUGAUGCGAGGACGCAGGAUAAACUUUGACGAGGAAGCAUUAGGAAGUGAUGUCACUUGUGUUUGUUCCUAUUUCCAAUAAAAGUCUAUUUUUCUGUUAA